AUGAGUUUUCGACUGAUAGUAGAGGAGCGGUUUCCAACUCGUCUUCUUCUUGUCCCUCUAAUCCUUUUCUCUCCUCAGUCUAUUGUAGAACCCACUGACUGCCGCAACAUUCCUUUUUUUUUUUUCACCAAUUCCGUUAUCAAAUUUCUCUUUUCUCCUCUGCAAUGUUUCUCUAAACCCGAAAAUUACGACAAACAAGCUAAUGAAGAAGAAGAUGGUGACAAUGAGGUUAGGAAGCGCAUAAGGAUACCUCUCAAGAAACCUAUCACCAUAUGGCUUUUCCAGACUCAACAUGAUAUGGAUGUGCCGCGAGUGACCACUCAGAAUCAGACCUACUGUCUACCAAUAUUGAGUCCAAAUGGAAUUGAAAAUGCGAGACUCGUCACUCCAGCAUCUCAAUUACUCGGACCUAUAAUAGCCAAAGUUACGAGGACUAUCCACAACUGCGUAGAAAAUCCGAACAGCAAGACGCCCACCACAGUCAUGAUGCCACAAAUCAUAAUUAGGGGCUUCAGUUUCAUAUCAUUGGAAAUGUGGCCCUAUAACACAGCAAUUCCUACUUGA